CUUUAUCUAUGGUGCUAGGUUAGCUUGUGGCUUGUAUUUAUCCGCUUUAUUUUUCCUAGCUGCUACGUGUUGAAGCGAAUGAAAAUAUAUAAAGCAGUAAAGUGUUAAUAGUUAUUACAAUAGUGUGAUGCCCAAAAGGGCAAACAUUUUCAACAAGUAGGCCGUUCGAAAAACUACGGACAACAUGUCCAUGCCACCGUAUUUACUGGGUCCAAACCCAUGGGCCCAGAUGAUGGCUCAGCAACAACUGGCUGCUGCUCAUGCUCAAGCUCAGGCUGCAGCAGCUCAAGCUCAUGCUCAUGCUAUGCAACAACAGAUGCCCCCUCCGCAUCCCAAGCCGGAUAUUAUGACUGAAGAUAAAUUACAGGAAAAAGCCCAAAAAUGGCACCAACUGCAGUCGAAGCGUUUUGCCGAUAAAAGGAAAUUGGGAUUUAUUGAGGCGCAAAAGGAGGACAUGCCGCCGGAGCAUAUUCGGAAGAUUAUCAGAGAUCAUGGCGACAUGAGCAGUCGUAAAUACAGACAUGAUAAACGUGUUUAUUUGGGUGCUCUCAAAUAUAUGCCACAUGCGGUGAUGAAGCUGCUGGAAAACAUGCCUAUGCCAUGGGAACAGAUACGGGAUGUGAAAGUUUUAUACCACAUAACGGGCGCUAUUACGUUUGUUAAUGAAAUUCCUUGGGUGAUUGAGCCAGUUUACAUUGCUCAAUGGGGAACUAUGUGGAUUAUGAUGAGGAGGGAAAAACGGGAUCGUCGCCACUUUAAAAGAAUGCGAUUUCCUCCUUUCGACGACGAAGAACCUCCUUUGGAUUACGCUGAUAACGUAUUAGACGUGGAGCCUCUAGAAGCUAUUCAAAUCGAGUUAGAUCAAGAUGAAGAUUAUGCUAUUGCUAAGUGGUUUUAUGACCACAAACCCUUGGUGGGCUCUAAAUACGUCAAUGGGUCAACUUACCGCAAGUGGAACUUGUCUCUACCCAUGAUGGCAACUUUAUAUCGUUUAGCCAACCAAUUGCUGACGGAUUUAGUUGAUAACAACUACUUUUACUUGUUUGAUACGAAAAGCUUCUUCACUGCUAAAGCGUUGAAUAUGGCCAUACCUGGUGGUCCCAAAUUUGAGCCUCUUAUCAAAGAUAUGAAUACAGCGGACGAGGACUGGAACGAAUUUAAUGAUAUUAAUAAAAUCAUCAUCAGGCAACCCAUUCGAACCGAAUACAGAAUAGCGUUUCCGUAUUUAUACAAUAAUAUGCCCCAUUUCGUCCACUUAUCCUGGUAUCGUGCUCCCAACGUUGUCUACAUCAAAACUGAAGAUCCGGAUUUGCCAGCUUUCUAUUUUGACCCGUUGAUAAAUCCGAUUUCGCAUAGACAUGCCGUCAAGAGUUUGGAACCCCUUCCAGACGAUGAGGAAGAAUUUAUUUUGCCAGAAACGGUACAAGCGUUUCUGCAAGAAACGCCACUUUACACCGACAAUACGGCCAAUGGCAUUGCGUUGUUGUGGGCUCCGAGGCCUUUUAAUAUGAGAUCAGGACGUACUAGAAGGGCCAUAGAUGUUCCAUUGGUAAAAUCAUGGUACAUGGAACACUGUCCACCUGGACAGCCUGUUAAAGUGCGUGUCAGCUACCAGAAAUUGCUGAAAUAUUACGUUUUGAAUGCUUUGAAGCAUAGAGCUCCCAAACCGCAGAAAAAACGAUAUCUGUUUAGGUCCUUUAAAUCCACUAAAUUCUUCCAAACAACCACUCUGGACUGGGUUGAAGCAGGUCUUCAAGUAUGCAGACAGGGCUAUAAUAUGCUCAACUUGUUGAUUCAUAGAAAAAAUUUGAACUAUCUUCAUUUGGACUAUAAUUUUAACUUGAAACCUGUAAAAACUCUGACUACAAAGGAAAGAAAGAAGUCACGGUUUGGAAAUGCCUUCCACUUGUGUCGAGAAAUUUUGAGACUCACCAAGUUGAUUAUUGACUCUCACGUUCAAUAUCGUCUCAAUAAUGUCGACGCAUUCCAAUUGGCUGACGGCCUUCAAUACAUCUUCGCCCAUGUUGGUCAACUUACUGGAAUGUAUCGUUACAAGUAUAAACUGAUGAGACAGAUUAGGAUGUGCAAGGACUUGAAACAUUUAAUCUACUAUCGAUUUAACACGGGACCGGUUGGCAAGGGACCAGGAUGUGGAUUUUGGGCUCCUGGAUGGAGAGUGUGGCUUUUCUUUAUGCGCGGUAUCACUCCAUUGUUGGAGAGAUGGCUGGGAAAUCUGCUCUCUCGGCAGUUUGAGGGGCGUCAUUCCAAAGGCGUCGCAAAAACCGUUACAAAACAACGUGUUGAAUCCCACUUCGAUUUGGAGUUGCGUGCGUCCGUAAUGCACGAUAUUGUUGAUAUGAUGCCUGAAGGUAUAAAGCAAAAUAAAGCCCGGACAAUUUUGCAACAUCUGUCUGAAGCUUGGAGGUGCUGGAAGGCAAAUACUCCAUGGAAGGUUCCUGGUCUGCCAAUUCCAAUCGAAAACAUGAUCUUGCGUUACGUUAAAAUGAAAGCCGAUUGGUGGACCAACACGGCGCAUUACAACAGAGAAAGGAUUCGAAGAGGCGCCACAGUUGAUAAGACCGUUUGCAAGAAGAAUUUGGGAAGACUGACCAGAUUAUACUUAAAAGCCGAACAAGAAAGACAACAUAACUAUUUGAAAGAUGGUCCUUACAUUUCUCCAGAAGAGGCAGUAGCCAUAUAUACAACUACUGUUCAUUGGCUAGAAUCCAGGCGAUUUGCGCCUAUACCUUUCCCCCCUCUUUCAUAUAAACAUGACACCAAACUAUUAAUAUUAGCCCUGGAAAGAUUGAAGGAAGCAUACAGUGUUAAAUCUAGGCUGAAUCAAAGUCAAAGAGAGGAAUUGGGACUUAUCGAACAGGCGUAUGAUAAUCCCCAUGAAGCCCUUUCAAGAAUCAAACGUCAUUUGUUGACUCAAAGAGCUUUUAAAGAAGUUGGAAUUGAAUUCAUGGAUUUAUACAGUCACUUAAUUCCUGUAUAUGAUGUCGAGCCUCUCGAAAAAAUUACAGAUGCUUAUUUAGACCAGUAUCUGUGGUAUGAAGCAGAUAAGAGGCGGCUUUUCCCUCCAUGGAUUAAGCCAGCCGAUACAGAACCUCCACCGUUGUUGGUCUACAAAUGGUGUCAAGGAAUCAACAACUUGCAGGAUGUUUGGGAGGUCAAUGAAGGAGAGUGUAACGUUUUGCUGGAAUCUAAAUUUGAAAAGUUAUACGAAAAAAUUGAUUUAACGCUACUAAAUAGAUUGUUGCGUCUGAUUGUCGAUCACAACAUAGCUGAUUACAUGACAGCUAAGAAUAACGUUGUUAUUCAUUACAAAGACAUGAACCAUACUAACAGCUACGGAAUUAUACGAGGAUUGCAAUUUGCUUCAUUUAUUACUCAGUAUUACGGGCUUGUGUUGGAUUUAUUAAUACUGGGUUUGCAAAGAGCCAGUGAAAUGGCUGGUCCUCCUCAAAUGCCCAACGAUUUUCUCACAUUCCAAGAUGUUCAAGCUGAAACAUGUCAUCCAAUCAGGCUUUAUUGCCGAUAUGUUGAUCGCAUUCACAUGUUCUUCAGGUUUUCAGCCGAAGAAGCUAAGGAUCUUAUUCAGAGGUACUUAACUGAACAUCCUGAUCCCAAUAAUGAAAAUAUUGUGGGUUACAACAACAAAAAAUGUUGGCCCAGAGAUGCCAGAAUGCGAUUGAUGAAGCACGACGUUAAUUUGGGGCGCGCAGUGUUUUGGGACAUCAAGAAUCGUCUCCCCCGUUCUGUCACCACGAUUCAAUGGGAGAAUAGUUUUGUCAGCGUUUACUCCAAAGAUAACCCGAAUUUGCUGUUUAACAUGAGCGGUUUUGAAUGCCGAAUUUUACCCAAGUGCCGAACGCAACAUGAGGAAUUUACGCAUAGAGAUGGAGUUUGGAAUUUGCAGCAUGAAGGAAGCAAAGAAAGGACGGCUCAGUGCUUUUUGAGGGUCGAUGAUGAAUCAAUGAGCCGAUUCCAUAACAGAGUUCGGCAAAUUCUUAUGGCAUCCGGAUCUACCACUUUCACAAAGAUCGUGAAUAAGUGGAAUACGGCUUUGAUUGGCCUAAUGACUUAUUUCAGGGAGGCUGUGGUAAAUACGCAAGAACUGUUGGAUCUUCUAGUUAAAUGCGAAAACAAGAUUCAAACCAGAAUAAAAAUUGGUCUUAAUUCUAAAAUGCCCAGUCGGUUCCCCCCCGUCGUGUUCUACACUCCGAAAGAACUGGGCGGGUUGGGAAUGUUGUCCAUGGGUCAUGUUCUUAUUCCCCAGUCAGACUUAAGGUGGUCGAAACAAACCGACGUUGGAAUUACCCACUUCCGAUCAGGUAUGAGCCACGAUGAAGAUCAAUUGAUUCCCAAUUUGUACCGUUACAUUCAGCCGUGGGAAUCUGAAUUUAUUGAUUCACAAAGAGUAUGGGCUGAAUAUGCUCUUAAGAGACAAGAAGCGAAUGCUCAAAAUCGGAGGUUGACUCUAGAGGACUUGGAAGAUUCUUGGGAUAGAGGAAUUCCCCGAAUAAAUACUUUGUUCCAAAAGGAUAGGCAUACUUUGGCUUACGAUAAGGGAUGGAGAAUCAGAACUGAAUUCAAACAGUACCAAGUCCUGAAACAGAACCCCUUCUGGUGGACGCAUCAGCGUCACGAUGGUAAACUGUGGAAUUUGAAUAACUACAGAACCGACAUGAUCCAAGCUCUUGGAGGAGUUGAGGGUAUUCUCGAACAUACGUUAUUUAAGGGCACAUAUUUCCCUACUUGGGAGGGUCUCUUCUGGGAAAAAGCAUCUGGUUUUGAAGAAUCUAUGAAAUACAAAAAGCUGACAAACGCUCAGAGGUCCGGUUUGAAUCAGAUCCCCAAUCGUCGAUUCACCCUUUGGUGGUCACCUACAAUCAACAGAGCCAACGUAUAUGUUGGUUUCCAAGUGCAACUGGAUUUGACUGGUAUUUUCAUGCACGGUAAAAUACCCACUUUGAAGAUUUCCCUUAUCCAGAUCUUCAGGGCUCACUUGUGGCAAAAAGUCCACGAAUCAAUUGUCAUGGAUCUUUGUCAGGUAUUUGAUCAAGAAUUGGACGCGCUAGAAAUUGAAACAGUCCAGAAAGAGACUAUUCAUCCCAGAAAAUCAUACAAAAUGAAUUCCUCCUGUGCAGAUAUUCUUCUCUUCUCUGCUUACAAGUGGAAUGUAUCUAGACCAUCAUUGUUAGCUGAUACGAAGGAUACCAUGGAUAACACCACUACUCAGAAAUACUGGAUUGAUGUGCAACUAAGAUGGGGUGAUUACGAUUCCCAUGAUGUUGAGCGAUAUGCUCGUGCCAAAUUUUUGGACUACACAACCGAUAAUAUGUCCAUUUAUCCUUCACCCACUGGUGUUUUGAUUGCCAUCGACCUGGCAUAUAAUCUACACAGCGCCUAUGGAAAUUGGUUCCCUGGUUGCAAACCCUUGAUCCAGCAAGCGAUGGCCAAAAUUAUGAAAGCAAAUCCAGCGCUUUACGUACUGAGAGAACGUAUACGUAAAGCCUUGCAACUCUAUUCCAGUGAACCGACUGAACCUUAUUUGUCAAGUCAGAAUUAUGGUGAACUGUUCUCGAACCAAAUCAUUUGGUUCGUUGAUGACACUAACGUGUACCGAGUGACUAUUCACAAGACUUUCGAAGGAAAUUUAACAACCAAGCCCAUAAACGGCGCGAUUUUUAUAUUUAAUCCUAGAACCGGUCAACUGUUCUUGAAAAUCAUUCACACGUCCGUAUGGGCUGGACAAAAACGUCUGGGACAAUUGGCAAAAUGGAAAACGGCUGAAGAAGUAGCUGCUUUGAUCAGAUCACUGCCAGUAGAAGAACAACCGAAACAAAUCAUUGUAACUAGAAAGGGAAUGUUGGAUCCUUUGGAAGUGCAUCUUCUCGAUUUCCCCAACAUUGUAAUUAAGGGCUCGGAAUUGCAAAUGCCUUUCCAAGCCUGUCUUAAGAUCGAGAAGUUCGGAGAUCUUAUUUUGAAAGCCACUGAACCCCAAAUGGUGCUGUUUAAUCUGUAUGACGAUUGGCUGAAAACAAUUUCUUCGUACACCGCAUUUUCGAGGCUGAUUUUAAUUCUGCGAGCAUUGCACGUUAACACUGAAAGGACGAAAGUUAUUUUGAAGCCAGAUAAAACUACUAUUACGGAACCGCAUCACAUUUGGCCUACGCUGUCCGAUGAUGAGUGGAUUAAGGUGGAAGUUCAGCUUAAAGACCUUAUCCUGGCCGAUUACGGCAAAAAAAAUAAUGUUAAUGUGGCUUCGCUUACGCAAUCGGAAAUUCGAGACAUCAUUCUGGGUAUGGAAAUCAGCGCUCCGUCUGCCCAACGGCAGCAAAUUGCAGAAAUCGAGAAGCAAACUAAAGAACAGUCACAACUAACCGCAACCACUACCAGAACAGUGAAUAAACAUGGAGAUGAAAUUAUUACAAGUACCACCAGUAAUUAUGAAACUCAGACGUUUAGUUCGAAGACUGAAUGGAGAGUUAGGGCUAUAUCCGCUACUAAUUUGCAUCUCAGAACGAACCAUAUUUAUGUUAGUUCGGAUGACAUAAAGGAAACUGGGUACACAUACAUUUUGCCAAAGAAUGUGCUUAAGAAGUUCGUGACUAUCUCCGAUUUACGCGCGCAGAUCUGUGCUUUCUUAUAUGGCGUCAGUCCCCCAGACAAUCCGCAGGUGAAAGAGCUUCGUUGCUUGGUAUUGUCACCCCAAUGGGGCACGCAUCAAACCGUACAUUUACCAAACACGCCCCCCAACCAUCCCUUCCUCAAGGACAUGGAGCCUUUAGGCUGGAUUCACACGCAACCAAACGAAUUACCUCAGCUUUCACCUCAAGACAUAACCACGCACGCCAAAUUGAUGACCGAUAACGCCGCUUGGGAUGGAGAGAAAACCAUCAUAAUUACGUGCUCAUUCACACCCGGUUCUUGCUCCUUAACGGCCUACAAGCUGACACCUUCCGGUUUCGAAUGGGGUCGGCAAAACACUGAUAAGGGCAAUAAUCCCAAAGGCUAUCUUCCCAGUCAUUAUGAAAAGGUGCAAAUGUUGCUCUCGGAUAGGUUUACAGGGUUCUUCAUGGUUCCAUCACAAGGACCUUGGAACUACAACUUUAUGGGUGUUAGACACGAUCCAGGUAUGAAAUACGAGCUUCAGCUAUCAAAUCCAAGGGAGUUCUAUCAUGAGGUACAUCGACCUGCACAUUUCUUGAAUUUCUCAUCACUAGAGGAUGCAGAUGGUGCCGGUGCUGACGGAGAAAAUUCUUUCGCUUAAUUGAUAUGAUUGACCGCUUGCGGAGGAAAGGUUUGUGAAAGCAAAUUAAUUCUUUUUUUCGUUUUAAACCUUUGUUGGGGACAUAUCCGUAGUUUGAUUAUUUUUUCAUACUUACGCAUGUGAAUAUUACUUUUAUGAACAGAUUCACCUGUAGUUAUGCCGCUAAAACAGUUUAAUGGCAUUUGAAUGUAUUUUAAGGGUAGCAUAAGUUGUAUUUUAUUUUUUAGUUCUUGUGCUAAUUCGUAUAAUAAAAAUUUGGAUAUUUCAGAG